CCCCACGAACUAAGGUUAAGUACCCAAUCCUUCAAUUCCAUUAUCUCCUCUCUCUCUCUCAAAUCUCACCACAAACCAAACCAAAAAGUCAAGAACUUGGUCCCAGCCCGUAUGCUGUCUCAAAAAUCACUAACCAAAACCCGAGUUCGAGAGCCACAUAAUAUAUAAUGCCCAGGUUCACCUCUCGUAAUAAUGGUACCAGUCCUUUCAUCUGGUGUGCAGCCAUCAUCUGCGCCAUUAUCUCCAUUGUUGUGAUUUUUGGUGGCAUUGUUGUUUUUGUUGGUUACAUAAUCAUUCACCCGCGAGUUCCCGUCAUUAGCGUCGCUGGUGCUCACCUCGAUUUCUUAAAAUAUGAUAUAGUUGGAGUCAUGCAGACGCAGAUAACGAUUGUGAUUCGCUCAGAGAAUGAUAAUGCUAAGGCUCACGCGUUGUUUGAUGAAACCGAGUUUGCGCUAAGCUAUGAAGGCAAAACGAUUGCAUAUUUAAGACAGAGCGAGUUUGAAGUUGGUAAAGAGAGAUCAGUUGAUUAUCAUUACGUGGUUCAGUCGUAUCCGAUACCAUUGAGUCCAACAAUGAUGGAAGCCAUAGACUUUGCAGUUAAAAAAGAUGUGAUUACGUUCGAGCUUAAAGGUGGGUCAAAGACUAGAUGGCGAGUCGGGCCAUUAGGAUCAGUCAAGUUCGAGUGUAACCUUAGCUGCGAGCUUAGGUUUAGACCGUCUGAUCAUAGUUACAUCCCAUCUCCUUGUACUUCUUCUCAUAAGCAUUAGGGACUCUUUGUCUCUCAUUUGAUUUUUCUUUUAACUUAGAUAUAUUUUUGGGGUUGGUCUACUAAAAUAAUUGUAAUAUAUAAUUCAUAAUACUAAAACUUAAAGUUACUUUUCCGAAACUUCUUUCUGCGUGGAAGGAUAAUCACUUGCGUCACGGCAC